UCUAAGUAAAACAAGUAAAUAUUAUGAUAUCAAUUUAAUAUAUCAUUAUAAAAGAUUAAAAUGGCUAUAUUAUGUUUUAAUAAAAAAAUAAAUUAUUUCAGUUUGAUUUUGUAAAUUUUGGUUUAAAUAAACCUACAAAAUGGAAAAUAAUAAAAUAAAGUAGAAAUAGUUUUUUUAAAAUAACUUUAUAAUUAACUUAACAAAUCAUAAAAUGUAUAUANUUUUAAAAUCAAAAUACAAAAAUUGUUUAGCAUUCAUUUUAAAAUGAAAAUAUUGAAUUAAUAAAAGACCAAUUUUAAUGUGAAUCGCCAUUUAAAUUGCUCAAUGUAUUUUAUGAUGGUUUAGGAACAUAAAUAUUUUAAUCAAUGAAAGAAUAAAGUUAACAAUAAAAGUAAUUAGUUGAAGAAGUAGAACAAUAAAAAAUUUAAAAAAUAAAUACAUCUGAUUUCAUAUAACUUCCUAAAUUAGAGGAAACUAAUCGAGAUUAAUCAAAAGAGCUUGAUAUUAGAUUAAAUAAUACAUUAUAAAAUUAGCAUGGAACUAAAAUUUUAAAAAGACAUUAAAAAAUAGAAUAACAGAGAACUUAAAAAUCUAACAUUAGUAACAGAUUUGAAAUAUUAUGA